AUGGUGGAGGAUCUGAUUCUGCUAAUGUGUCAUAACUCUUGUGCCACAUGUUCAGCAGUUAAUGUCUCAGACAAGUGUCUUACUUGUCAUGAAGGUCAAUCACUGCAGGGACCUUCUCCAUCCUCAUGUGUUGGGAGAAUAAAUUCUACAGGACAGGAACAAGGUCAGGAUGAAAGUGAUAAUGAACUGUAUUUGAUAUUUCUUUUUAAAUUGCAGGAUGUGAAACCAAUCUCAUGGACGUGUGGAAGUCUGUGUAUUAGAUGUUGGGGUACAGUUUGUGAUGACAGCUGGGAUGACAAAGAUGCUCGAGUGGUUUGUCGUCAAUUGGGCUAUCCUUAUAUUGAACCUCCUUGUAACCAUGGUGAUGUUCGUCUUGUUGAUGGGAGAAACCAAUCUCAUGGACGUGUGGAAGUCUGUGUAUUAGAUAUUUGGGGUACAGUUUGUGAUGACAGCUGGGAUGACAGAGAUGCUCAAGUAGUAUGUCGUCAACUGGGUUAUCACUAUGGAUGGAGUGAUAAUGAUGUUAAAUCAGGCUUUCAAUCUCAACCUAUUUACUUGGAUGAUGUUAACUGUAUUGGUACAGAGACCAGUCUCUUAAACUGUUCACAUAAUGGUAUUGGUCAACAUAACUUUCAUUCAGAAGAUGCUGGAGUUGUUUGUUCAGGUACAUUAACAAUAUAUAUUGUACGUCUUGUUGAUGGAUUAAACCAGUUUCAUGGUCGUGUGGAAGUCUGUGCGUUAGAUCUUUGGGGUACAGUUUGUGAUGACAGCUGGGAUAACAGAGAUGCUCAAGUGGUUUGUCGUCAAUUAGGCUAUCUUUAUGGAUGGAGUAUUGGUAGUAGUGUUAAAUCUGGCAGUCAAUCUCAGCUUAUUCACUUGGAUGAUGUUAACUGUAUUGGUACAGAGACCAGUCUCCUAAAUUGUUCACAUAAUGGUAUUGGUCAACAUAACUGUGGUCAUUUAGAAGAUGUUGGAGUGGUCUGUUCAGAUAUUGAACCUUCUUGUAACUAUGGUGAUGUACGUCUUGUGGAUGGAAGAAACCAAUCUCAUGGACGUGUGGAAGUCUGUGCAUUUGAUGUUUGGGGUACAGUUUGUGAUGAUAACUGGGAUGACAAAGAUGCUCGAGUAGUAUGUCGUCAACUGGGCUAUACUUCUGGAAUUAGUAUUGGUAACAAUGUUAAAUCAGGCAAUAGUUCUCAGCCUAUUUACUUGGAUGAUGUUAACUGUAUUGGUACAGAGACCAGUCUCUUAUACUGUUCUCAUAAUGGUUUUGGUCAACAUAACUGUGAUCAUUAUGAAGAUGCUGGAGUGGUCUGUUCAGAUACCACCACUCUCACACCAUCUCCCUCCCAUCUCCCCACACCAUCUCCUUCACCAUCUCCCCACACCACACUCUCCUCACCAUCUCCCACACCAUCUCCUACACCAACUUGUAACUAUGGUGAUGUACGUCUUGUGGAUGGAAGAAACCAAUCUCAAGGACGUGUGGAAAUCUGUGUAUUUGGUAUUUGGGGUACAGUUUGUGAUGAUAGUUGGGAUGACAGAGAUGCUCGAGUAGUAUGUCGUCAACUGGGCCAUAUUUGUAAGGACAUUGAUGAAAUUACUUGUAACUAUGGUGAUGUACGUCUUGUUGAUGGAUUAAACCAGUUUCAUGGUCGUGUGGAAGUCUGUGCAUUAGAUAUUUGGGGUACAGUUUGUGAUGACAGCUGGGAUGACAGAGAUGCUCAAGUGGUUUGUCGUCAAUUGGGCUAUCCUUGUAAGUAUUUGGUUUUUUAUCAACCUAUUCACUUGGAUGAUGUUAACUGUAAUGGUACAGAGACCAGUCUCUUAAAUUGUUCACAUAAUGGUAUUGGUCAACAUAACUGCCGUCAUUCAGAAGAUGUUGGAGUGGUCUGUUCAGAUAUUGAACCUUCUUGUAACUAUGGUGAUGUACGUCUUGUGGAUGGAAGAAACCAAUCUCAAGGACGUGUGGAAAUCUGUGUAUUUGGUAUUUGGGGUACAGUUUGUGAUGAUAGUUGGGAUGACAGAGAUGCUCGAGUAGUAUGUCGUCAACUGGGCCAUAUUUGUAAGGACAUUGAUGUUGAACCUUCUUGUAACUAUGGUGAUGUACGUCUUGUGGAUGGAAGAAACCAAUCUCAUGGACGUGUGGAAGUCUGUGCAUUUGAUAUUUGGGGUACAGUUUGUGAUGAUAACUGGGAUGACAAAGAUGCUCGAGUAGUAUGUAGUCAAUUGGGCUAUACUUCUGGAAUUAGUAUUGGUAACAAUGUUAAAUCAGGCAAUAGUUCUCAGCCUAUUUACUUGGAUGAUGUUAACUGUAUUGGUACAGAGACCAGUCUCUUAAACUGUUCUCAUAAUGGUUUUGGUCAACAUAACUGUGAUCAUUAUGAAGAUGCUGGAGUGGUCUGUUCAGGUACAUUAACGUAAUAUAUGUAUGUACGUCUUGUGGAUGGAAGAAACCAAUCUCAAGGACGUGUGGAAAUCUGUGUAUUUGGUAUUUGGGGUACAGUUUGUGAUGAUAGCUGGGAUGACAGAGAUGCUCGAGUAGUAUGUCGUCAACUGGGCCAUAUUUCUGGAAUUAGUGUUGGUAACAAUGUUAAAUCAGGCAAUCAAUCUCAGCCUAUUUACUUGGAUAGUGUUAACUGUAUUGGUACAGAGACCAGUCUCUUACACUGUUCUCAUAAUGGUAUUGGUCGUCAUGACUGUAGUCAUUCAGAAGAUGCUGGAGUGGUCUGUUCAGAUAUUGAACCUUCUUGUAACUAUGGUGAUGUACGUCUUGUGGAUGGAAGAAACCAAUCUCAUGGACGUGUGGAAAUCUGUGUAUUUGGUAUUUGGGGUACAGUUUGUGAUGAUAGCUGGGAUGACAGAGAUGCUCGAGUAGUAUGUCGUCAACUGGGCCAUAUUUGUAAGGACAUUGAUGUAAGUACUUGUAACUAUGGUGAUGUACGUCUUGUUGAUGGAAUAAACCAGUUUUAUGGACGCGUAGAAGUCUGUGUAUUAGAUCUUUGGGGUACAGUUUGUGAUGACAGCUGGGAUAACAGAGAUGCUCAAGUGAUGUUGAACCUUCUUGUAACUAUGGUGAUGUACGUCUUGUGGAUGGAAGAAACCAAUCUCAUGGACGUGUGGAAGUCUGUGCAUUUGAUGUUUGGGGUACAGUUUGUGAUGAUAACUGGGAUGACAAAGAUGCUCGAGUAUAUGAUCUUCACAGAUACCACCACUCUCACACCAUCUCCCUCACCAUCUCCCACACCAUCUUCUACACCAUCUCCUCCCAUCACCACACCUCCCACACCAUCUCCUACACCAACUCCUUCACAAUGUUUCAAUACUGUAUGUCGUGAUGGAAGUGUACGUAUACUCCAUGAUAAUGCAACUGUGGAGUAUUUAAAAUCUGAGGGUAAUGUAACUAUUACAGGAGUUGUUGAAGUGUGUGUGCUUGGUACAUGGGCCUCAGUGUGUGACCGGUACCAUAUUGAUCCAACUGCAGCUGAUAUUGUUUGUAAGGAACUAGGAUAUCUUGAUGGCAAUCUCAUUUCAAGUUAUCAAGACUAUGGGUCCAGUGAUAGUGGAUUGUAUGUUAGCAGUAUUAAUUGCUCAUCAGAGCCAUCUGGUAAUUUGAAAGAAUGCAAUUUUAUUGCUAACGAGACAUGUUCUGGUAAACCUCUCAUUGUUCAGUGCGUUCAAGGUCAUAGGAAAUGUAAUGGUAGCCAUCUCAGAAUGUACAGACCAGGAGUUGGAAGAAUAUCUGUUGGAACUGGAUUUUCAAUUGGUCCUGUACAGGCUUGUAUCAACUCUACUUAUGCUACAGUGUGCAAGAAUGAACUUGAUUUCAUGUCUGCUACUCAGAUAUGUCGUAAAGCCAUUGCUCCUUACUCUUAUGGUGCUCCAGGUUUAUUUGGUAAUGAUAUCAACAACUUUGUAUUUCCACUAACACCAGCUGGUCUGGCACUGAGAAACUGUACACAUGGUGAUGUUCGACUUGUCAAUGGUAGUUCAUCUCUAGAAGGGAGAGUUGAAGUUUGUAUCAAUGGUGUUUGGGGUACUAUUUGUGGUUCAUUUUGGGAUGACAAUGAUGCAAGGGUUGUUUGCAGACAACUUGGGUUAUCAGAGAAUGUUACAUCUAAUUGUCGUCAUGGUGAUAUUCGUUUGGUUGGAGGCAAGGACAGUAGAGAAGGCAUAGUAGAGAUCUGUAUCAAUAACCUAUGGGGUAGAAGAAUGUUACAUCUAAUUGUCGUCAUGGUGAUAUUCGUUUGGUUGGAGGCAAGGACAGUAGAGAAGGCAUAG